CAUAUUAGUGAUUUUGGAUUUUGUGGACUUGCUGAUAAGCCAUUAGGAAGUAUAUAUGGAAAUCUUCCUUAUACAGUGCCUGAAGUUAUCAAUGGAAAAGGAUAUACUUUUGCAUCAGAGAUUUAUAGUAUUGGCAUGCUCAUGUGGGAGAUUUCAUCUGGACAACCACCUUUUCUUAUUAUGGCCAUGAUUAUGAUCUA